AAUUUGUAAAAAAAAAUUACAUUUUUUAAUUGAUAUACAUAUAUUAUAUUAUCAUGUAUAAUAUGUUAUAUGUAUAUUAUUUAAUAAAUAUUAGUUUUAGUGUGUAGGUCUUAAGCAAUUGUAAUUUGUAAAUUGUAAUUAUAUUUUGUAUUAUUAUUCGAAAACGGCUUUGACGUUUUCUUAAUUCGACACCGUUCUAUCGUCGCCCGACACAGUCCAUUCUGUGGCCGUUACGGCCAUAAUCACUCCAUUAUUCUUCCUCAUCUCUAUAAAGACUGAAAAUUGUUGUUGAAAAAAUAUGAAUCAAUCAUGUUGUCCAGUUUGCACAUUGUACUUACGCCCAGGAAUAUCUCUAACUGUCCAUUUACAUACGCAUCCCAAAAAACAAGUCAUAAAAGCUUUGUUAAACCUAACCAAUCAAGCAUCCCCUUCCAAAUCAGACCAAGAAAACCUUUCAGAUGACAGUAGCUCGUCUUCAGAUUCAUCCAGCCCAGCUGCAUACUCUUUUAUUAUCCCAGAUAGAGUUAAUAAUGCAAAAAAAAAUACCUUAAAAAUAUCAGAGCCGGUUAAUGAAGCCAGAAAUAACUUCAAUGCUAUUAAUACUGGGCUUUACCAGGGGUUUUAUAAUUAUAAUGAGGACAGAAAUAGCGCUAAUAACUGUCCAUCACCUAAAAGCCAAAACAGUCAAGCACUUUCUGAACUACGAGAUGCUCUUGAGGAUAAUCCCGAGGAUGACGUUGAUAUUGAAGAUAAUAAUGUUACUUUUGAGGAUGACUAUCCACCAGAAUUUGAAGAAGACCAACAAGAUGGCAGUAUUGGUUUUCAAGGAGAAUCAAAUGAAUCAACUCAACAUCAUGAAGUGUCGGAAGAAACAGGCUCGUCUGUGGCAGGUCACUUUAAUGAUCCGUUUCAAUCAAAUGGUAAUCUACUUGAAAAUGAAGAAUAUAUGUCACACUAUUUUUACUCAAGUGAAAAUGCUCGCAUAUCACAUACUGAUCCAGAUCCUCAACUUAACCCUCCUCAGUAUAGUACUCUUACUACAAUGGAACUACACCCAGAAUAUUUAUCCUCAAACCAUCAAGAACGUCAUUUAACUCUAGAUAUUCAAACAGAUGAACUUAUGCCAGCUCAUGGAGAAUUAUCUGGCCAAGAAAGUUUAGAACCCCCUGAACCAAUACUUGCAUCCAUAUGGACAAUGAAAAGUAGUGAUGAUAUUCUGCCUCAUACUAGUACUGCAUGGGAUGAUACUGUACACGAAGUGAGUACUGCUGCUAGAAAUUUAAUGUGUUUAAAAAACAGAGAAGAAAUCCCUAAAGAAGAUACUAAAGAAAUAAUAGAAAAAAAAGAAGUAAAACCACUUGUAGGAAAAUUAAUUUGUCCAUAUUGCAAAUUAAAGUUCAGCGAUGUUAAAUCACGUAAAGUACAUAUCAAUGAAGAACAUAGAAAUGAAGAAGGCGUAAAGAAAGGUUUGAUGUACAUAAAACCAUUUUCAACCAAAAUAGAGACUGAUUUGGAAGAAUCAGUUCAACCAACUACUUUGAAAGUGGAAUGUGGCAUUUGUGAUCAACCUUUCGAAAAUUAUACACAAAUGACAUUGCAUUUUAUUGAUACUCAUAAAGAUAAGAAUAAUUUAUGUCCAACAUGUAACAUAGUGUUUCCUUUGAUAACAGAAUUUCGAGAACAUAUACAAAAUAUUCAUCCAUUGCCAUGUAGUUUCUGUCCAAGGAAAUUCCAUUCCCAAUUUAAUUUAACCACUCAUUUGAAACGUCACCUUCAAAUUAAGCCAUUCGUUUGUGAACAAUGUAAUAAAUCUUUUGCCAGUCGUGUUAAACUUCAAGAUCACAUGAAUGGUCAUCUCAAUAUAAAACCAUACACUUGUUCUAUGUGUGAUCAAGCUUUUAGUUGCAAAUCAAAUUUAAAUAGUCAUAUUCGUAAACAACAUCAGAGUAAUGGAACUCCAAAAGAUUUUUAUUGCCAUUGUGGAGAGGUAUUUCACUCAUUAAAAAAGCUUGCAUGGCACAAGGAAACUCAUGAAGAUAAACCAAAACAAUGCCCAUGGUGUUCAGAACGUUUUGUUCACUCAACAUCUUUGACUAGGCAUAUACGACGUUCACAUGAUUCCUCUUAUUUACCUACAAAAGAUCGUGAUAUUGAAAACAUGAGCUGUCAUUUAUGUAAUAAUACAUUUUUGCGUAAAUCUUUUGCUACCCAUAUGCUUAUUCACAAAGAUUUAAGACCUUAUUCUUGUAAUAUAUGCAACCGAUCAUUUCGAACUAAAUGGAAUUUAAGAAUGCAUCAGUGGACUCAUAUGUCACGCACGCACAAACCUUUUAAAUGUACCCAGUGCAAAAGUGCAUUUUAUCUCAAACAUGAAUGGGAAGCUCAUGUACGUGCACACAAUGGUGUUCGUCCAUUUACAUGCAAUGAAUGUGGAAAACAAUUCAUCAGGAAAAAACAUUGUAUGAGACAUAUGGCAGAACACGAGGAAGGUAAUCGUUCAUAUGAAUGCAAGGAAUGUGGCAAAAAGUUCCACCGUAGUUAUUAUCUGACAGAUCACUUAAAGACACACACUGGACAAAAGCCUCAUACAUGUCAUAUAUGCGGCAAAACAACAAGUUCUAAGUCGAAUCACAACAAACAUGUCCGUACACACCAUGCGAGAGAAUCAAUAAACACUGAAGGUUGAUAUCUAGCAGGUUUAAGCUUCAUUAAUAAUUUACAAGCAAAUGGUUUUAAUAUUUAGACUUAAGGAAUAAUUUUUAUAAACUAAAUUUGUAUUUAUAGAUUCUUAAUUUUUAUUAAAUUGGCUGGUCCAAUAAAAUAGUGAUUUCAAAAUAUUUUAAUAAUAUAUCAGAAUUUUUGUAUUUUUAUUUAUUUGUUUAUAACCUAUACUGUAGAUAUGAUAUUAUAUAUUAUUAUAAAUAACUUCUGUAAUUAAAAAUAUAAAUAAUUUUAACCGUCGGUUGUAAGUGUUUACCAUCUCUUUAAUUAAUUAUUUCAACUAUUUGAAAUGUUAUUACCAACUCGUCUUUAAUAGUGAUUUAAAUUUUAAAUUGUACUUGACUGGGUUCUAGCAAUUUUCGUGAACAAAUGUGUAAUGUGUAUGUAUAUAUGUAUGUGUAUGUCCUUCGAUUGUGUACUAUUAAUCAAAGCACUUGUGUUGAGUUAUUUACCUUAAGUAUUUUUAGUUUUAUUUUAGGUACCUAUGCAAUAUAUUUUUUAAGUUUAGCAUGGUAAAAUGUUUUUUUUUAUUUAUGAUAAUAUUGAUGUUAUUUUACAAUUUUGUUUUUAUAAAUUGUGGAUAUAAUUAUAUAAACCUAAGUAAUAUAUAUCCAAUGCGUCUAAAUUGGAAAUAAAAUUGUAUUGUAAUUUUCAAUAUCUUGCUAUUAGAUGUACGUACAAAUAAUGUAAAUAAUCUAUAAUUUUUCGAACUUUCCUUAAAAAUACUAAAAUAUAAAAUUAAAAUGUUUUCUGUAUUUAAUUUAUAUUUAUGUUGAAUUACGAAACAUAUUUCUUACCUAUUUAAAACCAGAAUUUACAAAAUAAGAAUAUUAUUUUUGUAGUCAUAGUUUUAAAAAUAUAUGUUUACCAUAAUUAUUUAUUUGAGUAAAUACACUUAGUAAAAACAUUUUAAUUUUAUAAUAAAAAAAUAUAUUUUAGGUAAAUUUUCGAAAAAUUUUAAAAUAAUGUUAUGAGUUAAUGUUUUUAGUAACAUAUUCAUUGUUUGUUAUCGUUUUAUAAUUCAUUUUAUUUAUAGUAUUCAUCUAUUAACUUAGAGGAUAUUAUUUUUCUUAAAAUGCAAUUUAGAAUUUAUUUAAAUUUGGUUCUUUUGCAGUAAAAAAAUGUUUAAAUUAUAAGAAUGUCAAAAUAUUUUAUAAUAUAAACAAUUAUACUAUAUUAUUUUUUAAAAAUAAUAAUGGUUUUUGUUUUUCCAUUUUAUUAAAUUAACUACUUACUUAAGUAAUUGUUAAAAUUGAUGAAAACACAAACAUUUAAUUUAUUACCAUGUACUCAUGUUUUAUACUGUAGAACAUUUAAGUAUAAUUUAAAAAAAGUGGGUAAGUGAAUGUCGCUCUGCUGUAUAGUAGGUUACAAGUGAGUCACUGUAAUGAAUGGUGUAAAUUUAAAUUCAAUAAUAUAAUAACAUUGUAUAAUAAAAACAAUUCUGAGCGAUGACAGUUUGUCAGUCAAGACGGUAUAUUUUAUAUUGUUAUUAUCUUAAUUUAUUAUAGUCUGUAUAUUGAUAACUGUUAUGAAUUACAACAAAAUAACUAAA